AUGGCCACACCAUCUACUGACACAACCACUUCCAGUGUUGCUAGUAGCAUCAGUGCCCCAACUUCUCAAACCACGGACACUACCUCUGCUGCUCCUACUACCACCACCACCACCACCACUAGCAGUCCUUGGCCAAUUAGUUCCAUAUCUAAUUCUAUAUUUUCAUCAAGCAACACAACCAAGACUCUAACAGGCACUCAACCAUCUUCCAUCUUCAGUGGAACUGGGUUCAGCUUCAAAACUUCAGAUACAAAGCCUGCCUUCAGCUUUGAUGCUUCAGUUGCCCAAAAUGCUCCAGCUGCUGAAGAAGAAGAAUACAUACCUCCCAAACCAGAGAUGAAAGAAAUUAAAGAAGAAGGCUCUGUUUACACUAAAAGAUGUAAACUAUUUUAUGAAAAGGACAAGAAUUGGAUUGACAAAGGUGUUGGGAAUCUACAUGUGAAACCUCUAAAAAAUAAAGCUCAGCUCAUUAUAAGGGCUGAUACAAAUCUAGGAAACAUUCUUUUGAAUAUAAUGCUGCUUCCCUCAAUGCAGCUGAAGAAGCAAGGAAAGAAAGAUGUGAGUUUCGUUUGCAUUCCAAACCCUCCUGUCAGCAAGGACAAUGAAAACAAAGUAAUCCCAAUGCUCCUGCGAGUGAAAACUCCUGAAGAAGCGGAUGAACUUCUAGAAGAGCUGAAUAAGCAUAAACAUGGUAUGGAGGAAGAGGAGGAUGCCACCCAAUGA